UGUACCUGUGUAAAGUAUUGUUAAAUUAAUAAUUUGAGAAAGUUAUAAAUCUUAACUAGGCACAAGAUUAAUGAUUAUUAUGGUACUGUCGUAACUAUGGGUACAGAUGCGAACCUGGGUGCAAAUUACACUUUUAAUGGAGAUUUGGUGGGUAACUUCUGCAGAAAAAUUUGUGCCAUGUUUUGAAUUAUCAAGAGAGCUAAGACUUCCGUGUAAGUGUUCUCUUGGACCAAUUGAAGCUGCUUUAGAUGGGGAUCCUGCUGUUAGCGUGAACUGUGAUAAAAUUGUAUUCCCCGAUUUUCCUCCUAUUCCAUAUGGCGCACCAGUGGUUGCUUACAGUCAAAGGUGGGCUGGUUAUCAGUCGUUACCUAUUCAGAUUUUUAACACAUUAGGACUUCCUCUCAGGAAAGUGGAUUUUUCUGGAAAUUCUCUAAGAAGACUGACAGAACGACUACUUCAGGGAUUGCAAAAUUCUCUCGUAGAAUUACGAUUAGCCGAUAAUUUAUUGGGAGACACAUUAAAUCCUAUAUUUUCAAGCAGCGAGUUCCACAGCUUGAAAUACCUUCAAAUACUUGAUCUUAGUAGUAACAGCAUAAAAGCUAUUGAAGAAGGGAUAUUUGAAGGGUGUGAAAAUCUAAAGGAACUUUACCUGAAUCACAACCGUUUCACUUCAAUCCCUGUGACAUCAUUAAAUGGGCCCACAGCUCUAAAAGUGUUGGAACUUAGGGGGAACCGAAUUGGAGUUUUGAAAAGAAGAAAUUUCCAUAACUUAAAAUCACUUGAACGGAUAGAUUUGAGUUACAAUUUAAUAUCAAGCAUAGAGGGCGAAUCACUGGAAAACUUGGAACACCUGAGAACUUUGAAACUUACACAUAACAGACUAUCAAAGUUUAAUAGUGAUGUUUUCCAAGGAGCUUACAACUUGGAGCAAUUGGAUUUGUCCGAGAACCUCAUUACAGAAUUUCCAGAAGCAGCGAUGAAAGUAUUUAAUAGAUUGAAACAUUUAAAUUUAUCAUCAAAUUUAAUACAAAAUUUGGACAAUAAUAUGUUCAGUUCUUUGGUGCAUCUGUAUGUCUUGGACGUAAGCCGAAAUAACGUUGCGAAUAUCGUUCCCGGAACGUUCCUAGGAUUGAAGCAGUUACGAACUCUAGAUAUUAGCGUCAAUUCUUUAAGAACUAUUGAAGAUGAUGCUUUUGAGGGUUUGGAUAACUUAGAAACGCUUCGGUUGAAAGACAAUAAUAUCCUUCUAAUACCAGCAUCGGCUGUAGGACGGCUGCCGCGUCUAACUAAUUGGGAAUUAGAUUACAAUCGAGUUGCGGCAUUAUCAGCAGAUAUAUUCAAGUCGAUUGCUGAUCAAGUUACAAGAUUGGUUAUUGCUAAAAAUGUAGUACGUGAACUUCCAGCCGCCACAUUUCAAUAUUUCCAACAGUUGCAAUACCUGGAUUUAACUCGCAAUCUGCUAACGACAUUAAAUUCAGAUGCUUUUGUUGGCGUAGAAAACAGUCUCAAACAAUUGCACCUGUCCCAAAACAAAAUUAGUAGCAUAUCUGGCUCUCCUUUGAUGCUGUACGAGCUGGAAGUGUUAGAUAUCAGCGACAACCAAUUCUCUGAUUUACCAAAAUCAUCAUUUAGUCUAUUAACAAAUUUAAGAUUACUAAAUAUAAGCAGAAGUGGCCACUUUGUAAACAUUCCUAACGAUCUCUUCCACAAACUUACCGAAUUAGAAAUAGUUGAUUUGAGUCACACAGGAUUAAAAGAUAUAACGGCCCAUCUACUUCGCAAAUCAAUUCGCCUACAACAGGUCUACUUAAACGAUAACGAAAUCUCGGAAAUUCACGAAGAUGUGUUUUACAACUUACAAAAUCUUACCAAAAUAGAUUUAUCCAACAACAAUAUCAAUAGCAUCAAACACGGCGCCUUUGUUAAUGUAAUGAAUCUUCAAACAUUAUCAUUAAAAGGAAACCAACUGAACUCAUUUAAAGGGGAGUUUUUCAAUACAGGAACAAGUUUAGAAACUUUGGACAUAUCAUACAAUCAAUUAAGCUACUUAUUUCCAUCGUCGUUCAGAAUACAUCCACGCCUAAGAGAACUACAUGCGCAGUAUAAUAAAAUUAAUUUCUUUCCUGCCGAAUUAAUUACAACACUACAGUUUCUGGAAUAUGUUGAUCUUUCCUCAAAUGAGUUGAAAACGAUUGAGGAAUUGGACUUCGCUAGGCUUCCAAGGCUACAUACUUUGCUAAUGGCUGAAAAUCAAAUAGAUUCUAUUAGCGAAAUGGCUUUUCAUAACUCUACACAACUUCAAAUGAUAGACAUCAGCAAUAACAAACUCGAAAGGCUCAGCGAGCAAACCUUUGAGGGAUUAAUUCGUGUUAGUUAUCUAAAUUUAGAAGGAAAUCUAUUAAGAGACUUACCAGAAACAAUUUUCGAAAGGGCAAAGUUGCAAGUACUGGAAAACAUUAAUUUAGCAAAGAAUUUGUUCGAAACUGCACCUUGGCAGGCUUUAGAACGACAGUACUUCUUCAUCUCUUCUGUUGAUUUAUCUCAUAAUAAAAUUAAGGAUAUUCCGCCAGACAACAGCAUCAUGGUCAACAUUAAAAAAAUCGAUUUAUCAUUUACUCCUCUAUCAGAAGACGCAGUAAACAACGUACUUGGAGAGCCAAAGACAGUUCGAGACUUAAACUUAGCAGGAACAAGUAUAUCGAAGAUAAUUCAAAUGGAGACUCCCUUUUUACAUCAUUUGAAUUUAUCUUAUAACAACAUUAGUGAAAUAUCAGAUAAAGACUUUGAACGAAUAACUUUAUUAGAAACUUUGGAUAUCUCUUACAAUAGAUUAACCAAUUUGAGCACAAAUUUCUCAAAAAUUUGGGCAGUACUGAAAAAUUUGCAGUCCCUAGAUUUAUCUGGAAAUCUUCUCACAACAAUAGCGCUAGAUGAUUUUAACGGUUUAUCUUCACUACGAAGAUUAAACUUACAUGAUAUGGCAGAGUGUCACAGCUUGGAAAAGAAAGCGUUUAAGUCUGUUCCAAACUUAGCCGAACUCAAUUUAUACAAUUUUCCCGUCUUAGGAUACCUAGAUGUUCACGGACUGUUACAGAAUUUACCGUCGCUAGAGAAUUUGAAUAUAGAAAUAAAGGACACGACCAUAGGAAGCGAUCAAUUACAACCAAUCCUUCAUUCACGUUUACGGGUACUGGGAUUGAGAGGAUUUCGAUUGCAAAAUAUUUUGUCGGGAACACUUUCAGGUGUUAAAGGCGGCCACGUUGCCAUUGGUAUACAAAACACCUCCAUUACGACGUUACCGCCAGCGCUGUUCUUCCCAGUACCUCGAUCUUCACGAAUCAUCUUAGAUGUAACGGGAAGCAAAUUAACAACUAUUAGUCCACAAAUGCUAGUUGCCUUGGAUGAUAGACGCGGGGACUUAAAAAUUUUUGGACUUGAAACAAAUCCAAUUGUGUGUGAUUGUAAUGCGAGAGCGUUAAGGCGCUGGUUACCAACCCAUAUGGGUGACAUUCAAUGUUUCGAUCCUUAUCAUCUGAGAGGGAAAUUGCUUGUGGAAACCGGUGAUGAAGAUUUAACAUGUGACCCACGAAAGCAAAUCAUAGCUCAACCUACAGUGCAACCAAAUUCAAAAACUACUCGCUUGAUGUCAAAGACGACAGAACCGGAAAUAAUAUGGUCAAUAGCUUCCACGGACAAAAUAGCACCUAAAGUAUUUCCAAAAACUUCAAACAGCAGCUCCUCUUCAGGGAAUGAUGACACCUUGAUUAUUGGAAUUGUAGGUGGUGUUGUAGCAUUUAUUGCGAUAUUAAUAAUUGUUAUAUGCAUGAUACGCUUGCGCACAACAAAUAGUCCAGUUGUGGGCAUUUUACCCAAUGGUGGCCCCAUGAUAGCGCCUACCCAUACUGGCCAGGGAAGUAGCUGCGCAUGUAGCGUGAAGGGCGGCCCACCGAUGUAUACAAUCUCCCCCACAUUCCAACAGGGCUAUGCAUCUACACUGCCACAUAAAUUCAACAUGUCAAUGCAACCAAAUGUUCGAUCUGCUUAUUCAACAAUGGGCCGAAUACCAUCCUACCAAAGUAAUCUUCAAUCAUACUAUGUUGCCUUUCCUCCGGAUGAAAAAAGCUAUCGAUAGCAUUGUUUACGAUUGUAGUUAUGUGUAUCAAAUGUUGUUUUUUAUUUAAGUUAUAUCUAAUAUAUAAGAAAUGUGUGGCAAAAAUUUUUACUUUUUAUUAAAUAAUAAUAAUUGAAAUACCCAUGUUU